AUGUCCCGCCCAAAGCAGUGCAAAUCUCUGACGUUGGAGAGAAAAGUCGAGCUAAUCAAGGAAGUAGAAAAGGCAGGUCGAAGCAAGUCGUGCAUCGCCAAGGAAUUCGGCAUCCCUUUGUCAACCCUCUCGACAGUGCUCAAGAACAAACAAAAGGUUUUGGAAGGCUUCGAGCAAAGCUUCUCAAGCAAACGGAAGCGCGUUCGAGCGUCCAAAUUCCCGGACGUCGAAUCAGCACUUCUGUUGUGGCUCCAAAACGUUCGAGCAGCCAAUCUUCCCGUGACAACCCAAAUGAUGAUGGAAAAAGCAGACGCUUUGGCACUGCAGAUGGGUCACGCGGACUUCAGCUGCAGCAAUGGCUGGUUCGAGCGGUUUAAGAAGCGAAAUAACGUGUCAUCAAAGCCUAUCCACGGCGAAAGCGGCAUUGUCGACGAACAGGCUGCAGACGCAUGGCGCAACCUACGCCUCGCCGAGCUGCAAAAGGAGUACGCGGACAAGGACAUUUUUAACCUCGACGAAGCCGCUCUCUUUUACAAAAUGCUGCCUAACCGCACAUACACACCAAAAGGCGAAGCGUGCUCGGGCGCUAAGCAACGCAAAGACAGGAUAACCAUUCUUUUUGGUGCCAACGCUACCGGCGAUGAAAAGCUGCCCCUCCUCAUUAUUGGCAAGUCGCUUAAUCCCAGGUGUUUCCGAAAUGCACGGCUCCCGAGGGAUGUGACAUACCGCGCCAAUAAAACGGCCUGGAUGACGGCGGCGCUUUUCGAAGAGCAUGUCCGUGCGCUUGACCUGGAAGAUGGCAAAGGACGGUCGGAAAGUGUUGUUUGUUGUGGAUAA